AUGCGUCAUUUCUUGUUCCUCUCCGUUCUGUUCUUCUGUUUCUUCAGUCAAUACUUGUGCCGAAUUUCACGCUGCGAUACUGAUAGCGACUGUUUUUCCUACAAAGUUUGCCGCAAAGGCUAUUGCGAAUUCCGAGAUGACUUAUUGAAAUGUCGCUACACUCGUGAUUGCCCAGGACCAAGCCUCUGUUUCCGUAAUCAUUGUAUUCCUCGUUUCUAUAACAAGGAUACAAAUUCAAGAUUGGGAGUUACUCAUUAA